AUGGCCACAGCAAUCCUUAUAGAGAAAAAACAUUUAAUUGGAUUAGUCUACAUUUUAGAGGUUCAGUCCAUUAUCAUAGAGCAACAUGAUGGUGUGCAAGCAGAUAUGAUGCUGGAGAAGGAGCUGAGAGUCCCAUAUCUUGAUUUGAAGGUCUAUAAGUGGAUGAGCAAGGUCAGCGAGAAGUAUUCGGAAGUGCUGCAUUUCCUGGGUAUGACCUAUGAGACCUGGCCUGUGUACUACCUGAAGGUGGCAAACCAAUCCAACAGUCCCAAGAAGAUCAUUUGGAUGGCUGGAAUUCAUGCCAGAGAAUGGAUUGUCCCUGAUUUUUGCCAAUGCUUCGUGAAAGAGUUAAGUAUGUUUCUCUUUUAACUUCCGGAUGAUAAAGACAAUGCAAGGAUCAGCAGGCUCCUUAAGGGGCUGGACUUCCAUGUGCUUCCAGCCCUCAACAUUGAUGGUUAUAUCUAUGUUUGGACAAUGGAUCCUCUCUGGAGGAAGUCCCACUCAUCCCAUAAUAAUGGCACAUGCUUUGGAACAGAUCUCAAUCAAAAUGUCAAUGUCUCCUUGUGCCGUAUCAGCACAUCCACAAACUGCCAAGAUUUAAUGUUCUAUGGAAUGGAACCAAUAUCAGAAUCAGAGACUAGAGCAGUCUCCAGCCUUACAGAAAGCGAGGAAAAAGACAUCCUCUGCUCUCUGGCCAUGUACUUUGAUGGGCAGCUCACUCUCACACCAUAUGGAUACACCAAAAAUAAAUCAAGUAGCUUUGAAGAACUAGUUCUUCUCUGGAGCCAUGCUUACCAAUGCUCUGGUACACAGGCUUGCUGCAGAGAAUCUGAGGACCACAGUCACAAAUCAAAGGGAGACAAAAAUGCAGAAUCGCUAUUCAAGUUGGACAGAAGGCGGCAAUGCAUUGAAAGCAAAGCAAAGCAUGGAACCAAUUAUAGAGUUGGAUCGAGUGCAGAUAUUUUAUAUGCUUUGUCAGGAUCCUCCAAAGACUGGGCUCCAGACCUGGGGAGCUCCUUCGCAUAUACAUUUGUGCUGAGGGACGAUGGUACCCACGGUUUUCUUCUGCCUGAAGCUCUCAUCCAGCCCACAUGUGAGGAGACCUUGGAAGCAAUGCUCCUCUCACUCCUUGAUGGUGUGUACAGGAAUUACUAGCUCACCAACGGUGCCAGGAAGGCAACAGCCACAAUGUUUGCACUGACCGCUGCGCUUCCUCACAUCUCUCCUCUAAGGGCCUCCUGC